AUGGCGGCCCUUUGGACCGCGCCCAUGGCCUGGGGCCGCGUCCCCGUCGUCGGCAAUGUCAAGUUGCACAUUCUUUCCGAGCGUCUCGUGCGCAACGGACCCUCAGCACCUACCGCUACCAGCGGUAACCAAUCCUCAAAGGCCGCAAACUACCGCAGCGAAAAGCUCAUCGUGCGCUGGAAGACUUGCGGCAAGACAAAAGGCAAGGGCAUGGGCGCGCUCUACCGUGGUAUCGGCGGUAGCGAGCAGGUUGACAAGAUUACGGAGUUUCUUGGAGGCGAUGUGAGAGACGACGAAGAGUUUUGCGGGCUGUUCAUCUUCGAGUUUGACGAGGAAGGGCGGGUAGUGUCGCACACUAUCGAGCACGUGGAGGAAGGGGGAAGUUGGGACAAGAUGACAAAGGUCAUCAGUGUGACGGAUUGGUUGCUGGGGAAGGCAUGGGGAAAGAAAGGGGAGGUGCCGCCGGGACUGGCGCUGGGGUAUUGUGCGGAUGAAGAGGACAGACAUGGCGCAGUGAGGGCUAGGCGAAGGCGGAGUUGA